AUGGCGGCGUCCGUCUAUUUGUGCCGCAUCUGCCUGCCGCUGCUGCUGCUCCUCGCGGGCUCGCUGGACACUCCGUGGGCGUCCAUCCGCACUGUUGCUCUUGUGGUAAGCUCCAUCUUUCGCCUCGAUUUCUCAAACUGUCGCACGUCGCUCCAUCCAAUCCUGGCCGUCCUCUUUCGACCCGAUGCAUCUUCGCUGCUAUGCGCCGCCCGUGCUCUCCGUUUAAAGCCAUGCUUCUUGAUCUCUCAAACACAAAGCCAUGAACUGCCAUAA